AUGGGUGAGUAUUCUGGUAGUAGAGGUGUGAAUGGGGUGGUAGUCCCUAGAAAGAGGAUGAGCCAUGCAUUUAGAGAUACCGCUAAUACUAGAGAACGAACAGGUCAAAUUUGCAGCAAAUUGGGUUGCAGUAGUAGAGCUAAUAUUCCCGAAGUUGCCCAAGUCAGAUCUUCUGAAAAAGGUAAAUCUUUGAGGCCUUCAUUCCAGUCCUCUUCAAGUAGAAAGGAAACAAUUGGAAGUUUCCCUAGAUCUACUAGUAACCCAGCAAAACGAAUAAUGGAACCUCGGAAAAAAUUAUCCUCUCAGUUUGAGAUAGAUUCAUCUGAAACUAGUAGUGUACAGGAUGAACCAGAAUUGCCCGAGCUUAUCUCUUCUUCAGUAGCAAUUCUGAGAGGGCCUAAAUCCAGAGGGGGGAGUUCAGAGUCUAGUAAUGUGAGGCUGAUGGAAGUAGGAAGCUCCAGUGCAUUAUCAAAUACAAGAUCUCAAAGUAAUUUGAACCAAAGACCUGGAUUGCGUGGACAAGAAACUAAAAGCACUGGUUCAGUGAGACAUGCUGUUGCAAGCAAGUAUGGAGUGAGGAACAUCAGAUGCAACAGUAUAUCUGAUGUCAUCCCGGCUGCAUCAAAAGAUUCAAGCCUUAAUAGAAGGAAGGAUACAUCGAAAAAGAGAAACUGUGAAGGGGAAAGUAGUUCCACUGUUCGAGGGAAAAUUACCAUUGGGUCUUCACUGGAAGGACGGAAUUCUGCCUCCAGAAAUGGCAUAUCUAUAUCUGAUUCAAGAAGAUCAAGAAAUACACCUCACCGGAAUACCAGUAUGGCACCAGUAAGAACUCAAAGAUCAGUUAGUGGUCAUGUCAGGGGAAGGUUUUCUAGCCAAGGAAAGGAUAACCCUUUGGCAACCAGUGGUGAUGGCAUUUCAUAUCGGACAUCAGUGGACACUCCUUUAAGUUGCUCAAGCUCUUAUGAUACAUCAGGCAAUAGCAGUGAGCAGUUAUCUGGUGUCACACCUCUCUCUCCUGCAGAAGAGGACAUUACUCAUUCUCCAAUAAAUCGGUAUAGCUUUCGACAUAUAAAUAUGGGCAGUAUUGAAGAGGUAUUAUUGGCACUUGAGAGGUUUGAACAAGAUGCAGAUCUAACCCAUGAGCAAAUUCUUUUGUUCGAGACUGACAUUUUCAAUAAUGGAUUGAAUUUUUAUGAUCAUCACAGAGACAUGCGGUUGGAUAUUGAUGACAUGUCCUAUGAGGAACUCUUAGCUCUUGAAGAGAGGAUGGGAACUGUGAGCACAGCUCUAUCGGAGGAAGCACUUGCAGAAUCUCUUCAAAGAAGUAUAUAUCAGUCUGAACCUACAAAUGAUACAGUUGAGGUUACGGAUGACAUCAAAUGCUGCAUUUGCCAGGAGGAAUAUGUUAUUGGAGAUGAAAUUGGGGAUCUGCCGUGCAAGCAUAGAUUUCAUGUGACUUGCAUACAGCAGUGGCUGGGGCUGAAGAACUGGUGCCCUGUUUGUAAAUUAUCUGCGGCACUGUCGAAUAAUUCAUCUUCACCUCAUUGA